AUGUCUGAGACUUGCUGUUGUGGUUGUCAAACUAAAUUAGAAGAGGCCAAAUCCAUUAUGUGCUUCUUCUGUAAAAAAUAUUUUCUAAACUCAUGUGUCGGUCUAACCGUUACGGACUUAAAAUCCAUCAAAACCAAACGUGGCCUAACGUGGUGUUGUGAAAAUUGCGACAAUAUUGGUAAGGAAAUUAUUGAGAUGAAAUCAUUAAUAACAACCCUAACGAAAGAAGUUGCUAGUUUAAAGAACGAGAAAACAAACCUCCCAAACCUUAACAACGCAAUUGUGGAAGAUAUUAUCCAAGAAAUUAAUGAUAGAGAAGCAAGGAAAACUAAUGUAUUAAUCUUUAAUAUCGAUGAAACUGAAAUGGAAAAUCGUCAGGACCGUAUUAAUGGAGAAAAAACUAAAAUUGAAGAGGUAUUCGCCGCUCUACCCAUUGAGAUCAAUAUGAAUACAAAAAAAUUUUACCGCUUGGGUAAAUUUAAUAAUCAAGCGCCGAAGACCCGCCCAAUUAAAGUUGAGAUCAAUAACGUUAAUAUUGUUCAAAAUAUCUUGCGUAGCUCUAGAAAUCUGAAAAAUCAUGAAAGUCUAAAAAAUAUAGUAAUCGCUGCGGACAAAACCAAGAGGCAGCAAACACACUACAAGGAACUAAAAGCAGAAUUAAACAAUCGUAUUUCAUCGGGAGAGUCAAACCUCACGAUAAAAUAUAGAAAUGGAGUUCCAGUCAUAAUAUCGGAAAACUAA